AUGGCCCUACCCAGCAAAUUCCUUUUUUGGUUUGGCUGCUUUUCCUGGCUGGGUUUUCCUAUUAGCCUUGGUUCUCAGGCUUCUAGGGAAGAAGCUCAGGUUGCAGCCAGUGCUGAGCUGGAAUCUGAGGCUGAACCUUGGUCCCUGCUGCAGCCUCCAGGUGGGAGAAACAGAACUGGCCUCCUUUCCCCGCUCUUCAAAGUUCUGUGUGAUGGGCAAGGUGGGGCCCCUAGGCUGCAGCCAGACUCCAGAGCUUUGCGCUACAUGAAGAGGCUCUAUAAGGCAUAUGCUACCAAGGAGGGGAUCCCUAAGUCCAACAGAAGUCACCUCUACAACACUGUUCGGCUCUUCACCCCUUCUGUCCAGCAUGAGCAGGCCUCUGUGGACCAGAUGACAGGAGCCACGCCAUCAGUGGACCUGCUGUUUAGCCUGGAUCGUGUUACUGCUGUUGAACACUUACUCAAGUCAGUCUUGCUAUACACUUUCAACAACUCAGUUUCUUUCCCCUCUGCUGCUAAAUGCAUGUGCCACCUGGUGAUGAAAGAGCCAGAGUCUUCUAGCAAGACUCUCCCUAGAGCUUCACACUUCUUUUCCUUUACAUCACAGUUUGAAUUUAGAAAGAAAUACAAAUGGGUUGAGGUUGACGUGACCGCCCUGCUUCAUCCUCUAGUGGCCUCCGACAAGAGAAGUAUUCACAUGUCUGUGAACUUGACGUGUGUGAAAGACCAGCUGCAGCCCGCUUCAGCACGGGACGGCCCCUUUAGCCUGGUUCCCCCCUCACUGCUUCUCUAUCUGAACGACACAAGCGCUCACGCUUAUCACAGGUGGUAUUCCCUCCACUAUAAAAGGAGCCCCUCACAGGCCCCUGCCCAGAGAGGGCUGUCUGCCUGUCCCACGGGAGAAGAGGCUGCCAAGGGAGUAAGAUCUUCCCGUCACCGCAGAGGUCAGCAAACGGUCCGCUCAGAAUUACAGAAGCCUCUGGCUCCAGCUUCCUUCAAUCUAAGUGAAUACUUCAAACAGUUUCUUUUUCCCCAAAAUGAGUGUGAGCUCCAUGACUUUAAACUCAGCUUUAGUCAGCUGAAGUGGGACAGCUGGAUUGUGGCCCCGCAUAGAUAUAACCCUCGGUACUGUAAAGGGGACUGUCCGAGGGCAGUCGGGCACCGGUACGGCUCUCCGGUUCACGCCACGGUGCAGAACAUCAUCUAUGAGAAGCAGCUUGACUCCUCAGUGCCAAGACCGUCGUGCGUGCCCGCCACAUACAGCCCUUUGAGUGUGUUGGCUGUUGAGCCCGAUGGCUCGAUUGCUUAUAAGGAAUAUGAAGAUAUGAUAGCCACUAAGUGCACCUGUCGUUAAUGUGUGGUCCUCUAAACUAA